AUGAAAAAGCAGAUAGUUAAAAAACCGUUCCGUGUGGCUGUUGAAGGAAAUGUUGGGUCUGGAAAAUCAACAUUAAUAAAGUAUUUUGAAAAGUUUAAGGAAGUUGAAACAAAUCCUGAACCAAUAGAAACAUGGCGAGAUUUAAAUGGUCAUAACUUACUUCAACUGACAUACUCAGAUCCUCACAGAUGGAAUUUUGCUUUUCAACAUAAUGUACAAUUAAGUCGUUUGAAUUUACAGUCAAAAACUACAAAUAAGGACAUACAAAUGUUUGAACGUUCUUUACAAAAUAAUAGAUAUUGUUUUGUGGAGAUGGCGCAUGACAAAGGAUUAUUAUCCAGUCCUGAAUAUGGAGUAAUGUGCCAAUGGUAUGAAUACAUCGAAACAAAUGUAGACAUUGGAUUAGAUCUUAUUGUGUAUCUAAGAAGUUUACCAGAUAUUGUGCAUACAAGAAUGCAACGUCGCAAUCGUCCAGAAGAGCGUACUAUAAAACUUGAUUACUUGAUAGAUUUACAUGAGUACUAUGAAAAAUGGCUGAUGGAGAAAUAUUUUAAUCUCCCAUGUCCAUUAUUGGUGAUAGAUGUCAACAAAGACUUAUCUGACAAUCAGCUUGUAGAUAUUUAUAAAACUUAUGAAAAAAGAAUAUUGGGAAAAAUACCAGUUUUAUAA